CGUUAACUUGUAUUUUCAAAAAUGACGGAAUGGCCGCCGAAUGGGUGUCAAAAUAUCAACAAUAAAACAAUGCCAAAACUCAUUAAAAUUAGCACAAUUUGGCAUGGAAUUUAAACAGGAAUAACUCUGCUCCUUGUAGAACAAGACAAAUGGACGUGUCUGAAAAAAACCGUGCAAGAAAUUGCGAGAAAGAAAAAUGCAUUGCCCAUUAUUGGAAGUCGGCGAACAACACUGUCCAAAUAUUGGAACUCGCGAUUAAUACAGGAGUCAAGUCCGUAGCUUUGGGCUCUGAGCAUUGUUUAUUUCUUGGACAUAAUGGCAAAGUUUUCGGCCGUGGUUGUAAUCAACUUGGCCAACUUGGACUUGGUGAUUUUGUCGAUAGAAAAGAUUUGACUGAGAUUGUCUAUUUGUCAAGAAAAAAUGUCGCUAAUGUUGAGUGUGGUAGCAGACACAGUGGGGUUUUGACCGAAGAUGGUCAUGUUUAUUGUUGGGGUGAUGCGGCUAGCGGGCAGUGCGGUGUUGGCGAUAUGCAAAUGGUUAACAAACCGGCUAGGGUGUAUUUUAUCAACAGCCAUGGAAAAGAUACUGCGUCAGUGAUCACGAAGCUUGCAUUUGGGGAAUUACAUAGCUUAGGUUUGAGCAGUAAGGGGCACGUCUGGGCCUGGGGGAGCGGAUCCACUCUCGGGUUGGGAAACAAUUUGGCAAGAGCAUUAACUCCGCAACUUGUUGAGGACUUGAUUGGUAAAAAGGUUAUCAGCAUUGCAUGCGGUAAUUACCAUAGCCUUGCAACAAUUGAUGUUGAGAAUUCUACUAACAUAAGGGCAAAUAAAGAUGCGAAUACUGUAAGUCCAGAUGAACGUGGUAACGGUAAAAAGAGGACAGGGUUUUCGACACGAAUCCGAGUCCCCCUUCGCAAUUAUGCUAAAAACACCACAGUUGAACGUAGCAAUUCUAUGCCACUCACAAGAAAGACCGGCACUUCUCUAGUUAGUUCAAACGAGUCAGAUUGCUCAUCAAGUGACAGCGAUAAUGAUGCUAAAAGUUCAUUAAAAUCUGAUGCAUUAAAACCAAGUGAUGUUAAGAUUAGUGUCUCAAAUGACAGUGAUACGUCAGCAGAGCAAUCGUCACUAUCCGGAUCCCUUGACGCAGGUUUUUCCAAGCUCACAGAUGCUUGGUCUGGGGUAUUAUCAUAUACAAUGUCCUUGACAGGUCAAACUAGUACAACAGAUGGGCGGGUCGUGCCUACAGAUGGAUCUACCACGCCUACAGAUCAGGAGACAGUGCCUAAAAUUAAGCAGAAACAGCCGAAGAUGAAACCGCAAGUGUGCAACCCUGUGUUGGUGCAAGUGUGGGCAUGGGGUAGGGGGACAUUGGGUCAAUUAGGACAUGGAACUACUGAGGAUAAGUAAGUUUAUCAGUCCCAAAGCACCCUGUUUAAACAACGUUUUAAUAAUAGGUCAUAAUGGUCAUUCCAGAGAAGAUCCCCCCCCCCCCACAAAGGAGGAAAUUUCUGUUGUUCUAAGGGGGAGGGGAGAAAAAUUCAUUUCUGACAACUGUUAGUGUAUUACAACAUCUGAAGAGGUUAGGGAGGGUUUCCAGUUUCCUCUCAGGAAUGACCCACAAUAAUAAUAUUUAUUUUUGUUUUGCCAAUUCAAGCUUUUUAUUAUUUUAACUCUUUUUAACCCAUUAUCUAAGAUUCAUCAAUUGCAGAUAGGUUUCAGUGUUUUACUAAUUUCCCCCGAUUGCAGUAACAAACAAUAGAUUAAAUACUAUAGAAGUAACGCCAUAGAAGUAACACCAGAUUAUUUUACAUUGUCUAGUGCCACAUGAUUUCACUUGUCAAGGAGAGAGCAAUCGUGGGUUAACCCUUUAAGCUGCAGAGCUUCCCCAUUGACGAGUAAAAGCGUCUGGUGUUAGACAAGUAAAAAUAAUAAGUUGUUGCUGAUUGUGGCUCAAUGGGUUAAAUAGACAAACAAAAAUAGGGCUCAUUAGAGUACAUUAAAUUGCAGUUUAAUUAAUGGGCCAGACUGCAAGGUCUCUGGUGCAUAAAUGUUCGGGAAUCGAAGUGCAGGCUCUGGUGUGCAAAACAGGUCAUAUAGUUCCCAAGUGCAUAUCAAGGCACAAAAGUAGCCACUCAGACACAUUUCAAAAACAAUGAAAGUUAGAAUGCCUCAAGGGCAGAUUAAAGUGUUGAAAUUGUUAUAGAGUAUACACCCUUUUCAUAAAUGGCUGCCGAUUAAAAAUUCUUUUAUGUGCAUAUAAAUUGGCCCAACUAGCCUCGGACUCAUGUUAAGAUUUCAAAGGAAUUUCUACCCAGAAACGAGGCUAGUUGGGCCAAUUUAUAUGCACAUAAAAGAAUUUUUAAUCGGCAGCCAUUUAUGAAAAGGGUGUAUACCCCAGAUGCACUGAGAUUUCUGCCUAAAAAAAUAUUGAGUGCGACAUUGACAACAGGAAACAUUAGAUAAUUGGGUAGCACCAAUAUUGGGUAGAGUUUUGUUAAUCAUUAACAGUUUUAUACCACAAAAUUAUCCUGCAUUAGCCAGACUUAAAACUAACAAGAUACUGCUCCCUGUUUAACUGUAUGUUUUUAUUUGGUUUACAACAGACCAUAUCCUUGUUUGAUUGACGAGCUUUGUGGAGUUCAUAUUGUCAAAGUUGUUGCAGGCAAUCAUCACUCUCUGGCUUUGACGAGUUAUUGUCAAGUAAGUAUAAACAGACAUUUUGUACUAGCUUUUAAAGUGGGGGUGGGGGGGUGGGUGCAACCCCCUAGCCCUGGCCAGAGGGGGUGCAGGGGGGGUGCUAUUUUUUAUGAUAAAGCAAAAAAAUUAUUAGAGACAAAAUGAGAUACAGUAAUUUGAGUAAUAACAUGAUGAUAAGUGAACUGUGAACAACAAUUACAAUUCAAAUACAGUAGUCAAGCAAGACUUUGCAAUGGUGAAGCAAGUUGAUGGGCGAAUGGCACACAUGACCGACAUCCAUCCCUGAUCAGAUAUAAAGAUUACCUGUAUGAGGUGAAGCCGAGUGUCUUUAGGUCUGAUAAAACACUGCUGCUCAUGUUUUAAAUUGCUUCGAAAAUGAUUGAUCUAGUAAGUACAUUGGCGAAGUAAUUUUCAAAAAAUAUGUUGUGUUAAAUCAAGCGAAAUCUCUAUCACAUAUAAAGAUACGACACGCUUUUGAUUUUUCUUUGUGUUUUUCUCAUGAAUUUUUCAUGAAUGAGUUUUUGAAAUUGAUUUAUUGCACCUUGCAUGCUGCAAAAUAAAAUUACUCUUCAGUGACAAAUUGACAAUAAAAUUAAGUGGAGCAAAAAUGCAUGAGAGUGCUCUUGUAUUCUGUGCCUAUAGCCAUGUUGUUUGUGGUCCACAAUGACAGCUGUUGCAUUGUAAUUUAUUGUUGUUAGGUAUAUGCUUGGGGUGACAACAGUCAUGCUCAACUUGGCAUUAAAAAGAAUGUUAUUAACAAGCCAAGGAAAGUUAAGGUAAAAUUCUAUGCUGUAUCAUACUGUACUGUAACCUUAACCCAUUGAGCCGCAAUGCGUCCAGUGUGCCCUACUUAUAUUUUUUACUUGUCUAAUGCCAGACAAUUUUACUUGUCAGUGGGGAAGGUCUGCAGCAUAAUGGUUAACCAAAAAAUCUGACAAUGUCUCUAGUUAACCUAUUGAGCUGCAAUAUGCCCCAGUGCACCCUACUUAUUUUUUAUGGGGACGCUCUACAGCUUAAUGGGUUAAUACCAGAGUGUUUCGAUAUAUUCAUGUUACCUUAAAUGUUUCAGUCUCUGUCGAAUGUGUUGGUUUGGGACAUUGCAGCAGGAAGCCAUUAUUCCUUGUUUCUUGGUGACAGUUCUCAAAAUAAAACUGAUGUUUAUGUUUGUGGAAAGAAACCAAGGUACUGUAUGUAUUUAUCAAUCAUCUUUUUUUAAAGCUCCACAUUGUAUAUAGCACUGUUUCUUCAAAUGUGGUAUUGUGUAAAUUUAUGAAUAGCAAAGCUGUCUAUCCAUAAGCCCAGAUAACUAAUAACUGCUGUCUUGCCUUUAAUCAGUUAGUAAAAGCCAAAGCCAGCUGUGUGUAGCCAUGGAUUGCCAGAAACUUGUGUACGCAAGCGGACCCAUUUUUUCACACAAUGCGCCAAAAAGUUGCAAUGUUCUCAGACACUUCUAUUUAAUUAAUAUUUUAUAUCAAAAGUUUUCAUAUUAAUUCUGACAAUACCAAGUACGGUACAACGAAAUAUUAAUUGUGCCGUCUACGCCAUCUCCCAAGUCCUAACCCCUUUGCAGCCAUCUCAAACAGUUUUACUCUUUUUUUACAUUCUAGUGGUCUGCCAAUGUCAUGUAUGAGUAGCUUGAUGGAUUAUCGUGACAAUUUCGCGGCUCCUGUUGACCCUGAUGCGUUCUUCAGUCAGAAAAGUCCUUCAAAGAAGGGCGGCAGCAUGUCGAGCUCUAAAUCAGAAACAGACAUUAGUGCCAUUACGACCUUGUCUGAGGGAGUGAAAAUUGGCCAGAUGACCUAUUUUAGAAAGGUAGGUACAAUUUACAAUGUAUUGCAAGUAAAGAGUACAAUAUUGGAUUGUUUCAAGGGAUACUGUAACUAGUUUGAGCGAACGAAGACAGUAAUAAUUAUAAUCAAGGCGGUUUUCCACUAGGCAAAAUUUUUCAACCGAAUCGAAAUUUUCUUUUGUCUUACAAGCACUCAGAUGGAACUAAACAGAAAUCGAUCUUUUGAAUCUGAACAAUAGAAAUUUCGGUUCAAUCGAAACACUUUGCUUAGGCCCCGUUUACUUCGGGACGAAGUCAAACCGGAAUGAAAAUUGAAAUUGUCAAUAUCUUUACAUGAGACCGGUACGAAAAUCACAAAAUUUUUAACUUAUUCCCCUUGCCAGGCAAUUUCUUUUUCAGAUGGCUUUUGUUAGCAUGUGUUGUUCCAAUGUCAAGGUUAUACAGCCGAGACCGGUCUGAAAUGUAUUUCUGUUUACAUUCAUCCCGGUCUGAAUUCAUGCCGGUCUGAAGUCAGUCUGUUCGGUUCAGCAGGCAGAAUGACUUGAGACCGGUCUGAGUUAUUUUCGUCCCGGUCUCAUGUAAACAUCUAUUAUAAAUAAUACUAUGACCGAAACGAAAUGGUCCUGGUUUGACUUCGUUCCGGUCUCAUGUAAACAGGGCCUUAGUGGAAAACCGCCAUAAUAGUAUCAUAUAGCUACCUCGAAAUCCUUUGUUUCGCGAGGGACGAUUAAUGACUAAUUCACCUCAUUGCUAAAACAUGAAUCAUCCCACGGGACGAUUAGUUACUAAUCGUCCAUCUUAGUUAUACUGUACAUAACCUCUUAUACAAGGUGAGUAAAAAAAAAAUGAUACCUUCGCGGCUAAUUUGAAUAACAAAGGUGUCAGUUCUUUUUUACUCACCCUGUACAGAGUGUCCUAAAAAAAGUACCCUCUAUCGAAAUUAUCCUAUUGUUAUAAUUUGAAUGUCUGAGCACUAUGUUGAACGCAAGAGUGCGUAAACACAGUUGAAUUGAAUUUUCAAUCACCAGGCGCAUGAAAUUCUGUGCUUAAUAACAAUAGGAUAAUUUCUAUACAGGGUGUCUCAAAAAAAACCAAAAUCAUUGAAAUAACGUAUUGUUCGAAUUUCAAUGCCGUAACACAAAGGAUUUUGACAGGGUGAUUAAUUUGUUUUAAAAAAUUAAAAUAUCUUUGUAAAGUGAACGUUUGUUUGCUCAUGGGAAUUUAAAAAUGCUUCGUAAAUUGUAAUAUGCGUAAUAUGCAUUCGUGGGUUUAGUACUUUAUGCCUGACAUAACAAGUUUACGCUGAGUAUUACCAUUCAUUAUAGCAGUUAUGUCAAUCUUUUAUGCACUCGUGGGAUUAACUUAGUGCUAGGGCAUUGAAUAUCGAACAAUACGUCAAUUUCAAUGAUUUUGGGUUUUUUUGAGACACCCUGUAGAGGGCACUUUUUGGGGGACACCCUGUAUUGAUGUUCAAUUAAAUAUUUAACAGACAUGAAAAAUCAACCGUAACCUCAUUAACGAACAUCCCAAUAGUCAUUAGUAUCAAAAAGCAAACGCGCCUUUUCACGUACGCAAUUUUGUUGGUCAAACAGAUGGUAAUAGUCAAAUAUACCUUGUUUAGUCUGGUGUCUUGCGUCGGAUUCUUGCACAUGGUGAACAAUGUGUUUGUCUUUCAGUGAGGUAAGCUGGUUUGUUUAAUCCAACACAUUUCUGAAAAUGUACAGUAUACAUAAAUGGUUCUGACAGCAUGUAUUUGUCCUCGCUAAAACUUCACAGUUUGUGUCCCUACACAAAUGGUGAAGUUUUAACGGAGGAUAAAUACAUGCUGUCAGAGUCAUUUAUACUGGUAGGGUAAGCUGGUGUGUUUAAUCCAACACAUUUCUGAAAAUGUACAGUAUACAUAAAUGGUUCUGACAGCAUGUAUUUGUCCUCGCUAAAACUUCACCAUUUGUGUAGGGAGCCGUCACGAUGGAUGGAGAUAGUGGCUGAGAUGGCGAGCAUAGAACGAGCUUUCUACUAUAAACUCGCGUUGGUCUGGCAGUCAAUGUUGGAGCCACUCAUGGUCACAGGUAUAGGUUGCAUACAAGUAUUAUUAUACAUUUCACUUUUGGUACGUUUUUGUACAUGCAAUUUUCAGUACGACUUGCAAGAUUGCAACUUGCCUCAAUCAUCGAUGCAUAACAAAGUCUGUCGAAGUAUUUAGUGUAAUGUUGGCCUGAUUUCAGUUACUGCCUCUUCUGCAUUUUCAAUAUUUGUACAGAGGUUAGUUUUCACGGCAUUUGUCUAUUUACAGUAACUCUGUAUAAGAAUACAGCACAACUGCCACUAUGAACAAACGAAAUGCAGAAUAGGCAGUAACUUACAGUACACUAGGCAAAUUUUACACUAAAUAUUUCUACAAACUAUAUGUUCUGCAACCAGCAGUUGAGUUAAAUUGCAAAUGGCCUAUCAUAUUCUUGGUUUGCAAUUUAUGUAAUGUCAGCCAUGUCGGAGGAGAGCUAACAAAAGAAUCUCAUUAACAGCUAUUGUAUUUGGAGCAUGUUUUUUUCCAACGUGGCUGCCAUGUCUUCCGUCUUGUAAAUCUCAAGAGAUUGAUUGCAAACCACCAAUUUUCUGCUUUUGCGAUUCACAGCAUCACGUAAUACACUGUAAUUUACUGUUUACUGCAUGCAGAAUCUAUAUUUCAACUGGUCAUGCAUUGAUGAUAUGCAAGUAUAUUAAGGCCUUGUCACACUAUUGCGUAUCGUACUAGCGUAUGCCAGCGUAUGAAAAAUAUCACUCAUACAGUACGUCGGUAUACGCUGACAUACGCUAGGGGUACGUUAGGCAUAUGUUAUAUACGUUUUGAGCACGGUCGCAUACGAUGGCAUAUGCUGGCAUACGGCGAGGCAGAAACAUUUUUUCAGCAUGUUCAAAAAUUUUGUGCGUAUUCGGACGUAUGGUUUAUACGAUAAGCAUACUUAAGGCACACGCUGAAUACGCUCUAGAGAUACGCCAGAUGUACGGUACUCAUACGCUGGCAUUUCAAAGGAUUUUUGUGCGUAUGAAAAUUAUUUCAUUAAUUUUCAUACGCUUUUCAUACGUUUCUCUCAUACGCAAUAGUGUGACAGAGCCUUAAGUAAGAAAAUAGAAUAAUUAUGUCCGUGAUUUCUGGCCAUAUACGUUGAUAAUAACUGUCAACAAUGCGUCUCUCUUAAUAUUUCCCCUUUUUUUACCAGUUCUACCAACACUGGCCAACAAUGAACAGUAUGGUCAAACGCUGACACAAAUCUGUAAAAUAUUUCAUCACGUGAUGCGUCACGUGUCUACCACGUGCAAACGGCUGGAAAAAAUAGUCGAUGAUGUGAUGUUGCUUAGUGAUGCAGUUGCAAUUCUGAACGAUGAGAAAUAUUUCAAAGCUUUUGAAAAGUAUGUUAAAAGUAUUCUAUUUUCUAUGAAUUUGUUUUAUUUUUGGAGCCUCUUUAGUUCUUGCAAGAAUUAUUAUAGUACGGAUAUUAUUGUCGAUGCAAUAGAAGUGUUGAUAAAAUAUUGCAUCAAUUCAUUUCCUCAAGUACAUUAAUUCAUACGAAUUCAAAUUUCUUUUUACUUCCUGUGCGUUUCCUAUUGGUCAGUUGGUUCUGAAACGAAAUCGAAUUGGCUCAUCUAGAAGUAACAGGAAGUUGAUCAAUUUUCUAUCAAAUGAAUUGAUCAACUUGAGGAAAUGAACUGAUGCAAUAUUUUAUCAACACUUCUGUUGCAUCGACAGUAAUACUACCUCCUAUUUUUGUUUCUAAUUAAUUUAAUGGGUGAUUCCAGUUAUAAACGAAGUUUUGAUCUCGACAAGAAGGACGAAAUCCAUAUUACCAUAGCCGGAAAGACCAUCUUAAAAUGAGUAAAAUUGCAAAGUUUGGUUGCGAAUUGUUGUAAAAUGAGGAAAAUAUAGCCAUGUGAAGUUCGCAAAUUUUGUAUAUAUUUCAUCACGCGCGGGAAAAAUAACCAUUUUUGAGCCGAAGGUGGUUAUUUUUACCGCGCGUAAUACAAAUAUAUACAAAAUUUGCGAACUUCACAGGACAAUAUUUUCUUCGUUUUACAACAUUUAGCAACCAAAUCUACUCACUCUAAGACGCUCUUUCUAGCUGUGGUGUUGGAUUUUGUUCUUCUUGCCCUGAUCAAAAUUUAGCCUAUAGCUGGGAUCACCCAUUAAUUCACAGCACUAAUUUAAUUUCAGAUAUUCCAAAGUGCACAGCGACUGUGUUGCCUGUGGUGUUUUGGAUUGCUUGGGAAAAGAUGCAAGGUGCGUUCGUAUUUUAAUGUUAACGUGUAACAUACCAGGGUUCGAAAUAGCCGCCGGCUUCCGGCGAUAGCCGGCAGUUUUAGGACCUUGCCGGCGAUUUUUAAUUUCAAAGCAUAGAGGAUCGGCGAAAAUAUUAUAUUUAUUCAUCGAUGACUCGCUUACAAUAACACCGUACAUAUACAUAGAGCUUGUUAAUGUUUGUUCCUACCCCAAAUAAAAUGUAUUAUUGCGUUCUUACAAAUGUUGUGUUGGUUUACAUCACUAUUAUUUGGCCUAUGCCCACUUCAGAACAUAACUAAACUUCGCUUGGAAAAUAGCCGGCAAAAAUUUUCACCUACAAAAAACAGCCUACAAAAUAUGACAUAUUUUCAGAACGUUAUUUCGAACCCUGCAUACAGUAGCGGAAGAAGUUGUACGUGUAUUAUCAAGGCCGGAUUUUGCUGGAAAUAGUGGGGGAGGUGGGAAAAAAUUUAGGGGAGGUGCAGCGUUCUAGCUCACGACCCCCAUGGAAUGUUAGGGCUUAGAACGGGGCAAAGUCAACGACAUGAACAGAUGUAUGCAUGUACAGUAGUGUACAUAUGUAUCAGUGUAUUAAUGAAUCAUGACUGUACAACUCCAAUUUUUACUCAUCCACAUUGCAUUAAAAGGGUAUUUGUCACAGAGAUGAUUGGCUAUCACUGUUUCAAUUUUACAGAAAAACCUUCUUACCAAGUGUAGACCCUAAGCAACCACAAAAUGUCAAAUUUUCACUUUGAUCUAUCAUUGAAACUUUCCCAAGGGGAGGUGCACGACUUUUCAGGGGAGGUGCAAAAAUUCUCAGGGGAGGUGCAAAACGAUCUGAUCAGGGGAGGUGCGCACCUCCCCUCAAAAUCAGGCCUUGGUAUUAUAGCUGAAGAAGUUAGGGAGCCAUGGUGCAAAGCUACCUCGGUAGUCUAAGGAGCUAACUCCAAGUUGAAAAUGUUUGCUUCAAAAUUUCAAAACUUACAGGUAGUUGAAUUAAGAAUUCUAGAGUUACCAACCAACUUUAAAAAUCAUGUGAAGAUAAUGGGCAAUUCCAGCUGUAGACUAAAUUUUGAUCUAGGCAAGAAGAACAAAAUCCAUCACCACAGCUAGAAAGAACAUGUUAAAAUUAGUAAAAUUGCAAAGUUUCGUUGCGAAAUGUUGUAAAAUGACUUAAAGAGGAAAAUAUGGCCCUGCGAAAUUUGCAAAUUUUGUAUUAAUUUGUAUUACGCACGGGAAUUUGCACCACAUUUGAGCCGAAAGUGGUGCAAAUCCCCGUGUGUAAUACAAAUUAACACAAAAUUUGUUGAUAGAUUUUGUUCUUCUUACCUAGAUCAAAAUUUAGUCUAUAGCUGGAUUGCCCAUUCACCAAACAGCACCGCCUAACAGCUCCAGAAAUCAUUGGCUAUACCUCCUAAAAAAUAAAAUCUACAGGCAUGAAGUGUAUACACACGUAAAAAUCUCACAUCUUGUAUUUGUAGCAAGUCUGCCAACAAGUCGUCAACAAGUUGUGUUCGCACUGCUUGCCCCAAGUUGUCAACAAGUUUGGAACAAGCUGUUAACAUCUUGUGACAACCUUGUUGAUAUUAUCAGAUUUGUUGCAAGGUUGUUCCAACAAGUCUGCUACAGUCUUGAUAUAACAAUAUUGUUACAACCUUGUGUGGUCAACCUUGUAACAUUCUUGUUAUAUCAUGACUGUUCUGACUUGUUAGAACAACCUUGUAACAAGUCUAAUAAUGCCAUCAAGCUUGUUACAAGUUGUUAACAGCUUGUUUCAAACUUGUUACAACAACUGGGAACAAGCAGUGCGAACACAACUUGUCAACACCUUGUGAACAGAUUUGUAACAACUUGUUUGCAGACCCGUAACAACUUGUGCGUUUUUGCGUCUGUAUAAUACACGCGUAAAAACGCACAAGUUGUAACAAACCUGCAUCAGACUUGUAGCAAUGCUGUUUCAACAACUUCUAAACAGGAUGCGUUCGCACUGCCUGUUCCCAGCUUGUUGAAAAAUUGUCAACGGCUUGUUGACGACUUGCUAUAAGAUCUCGAGCUCAACAGACUUGUUACAAGUUAUUCGAACAACUUGUUAUCGUCCUGCAAUUCAACAAUUUGUCAACAAGUUGUGAGCAACAACUUUGUAGCAACUUGAUAAAAUAACAGCAUUGUUACAACUUAUUGACAAGCUUGCUACAAGCCUGUUGCGAACACAUCUUGUUGACAAGUUGUGAGAUUUUUACGUGAGUAAUAUUGCCGUAAUUUUCUGAUUAUUUUUAAUAUUUAUUUUUCCUACUCUAGUGCUGUUUUUAUCAAAAGUCGAUUCGUUUUUGAAGAGAUUUUGGAUGGAUACAAUGGGGUACGAGAUCAAAAAGUAUAUUCUAUUUUGAGCUUAUCUUUUGCUAACGUAUACUUUAACAGUAUUGCUUUCUUCUCCAGGGCAUCCAAUCAGACAGUGAUGCAUUUAAAGAUAUUCUCAAACUGCCAUUACGAAGAAUCUCUCAGUUUGGAGAAAAGAUUUUCGCUCUGCAAUCUUCUUUACCUGAGGUACAUGUACUUUUAUAACUGUAGUCUGCAGCCAUGAUAUUUAACAUAUCCAGCAACUUUGGCAGUGAAAAAUUUGAAUCUUUUUAGAAUGACCCAAGUAUUACCAUGGAUAAUAAAAUAAAUGGAUAGGAAACUAGCUGACGUGACCUAAUGUUUUCAAUGGGCUGAUGGCGUGAUUGGAUGUCCCAACCUAGUUGCAAACCAAAUUCUCAAAAACGGCAUGUUUAGCAAUAAUACAGCUAAACAUUUUAGUCAAAGAGCAAAUAAAUAUAACUAUACUCCAUUCUACGAUGAAAACUCUAAGUAAUCCCAGUCAAUUUUAGCAAGUAUUUCAAGCACUAAACAGUGAAAAAUGCAUCGCAAAUUUCGUUAAAAUUGGGGACGCCAAUUUCGUACCUACAAAUGUAAAAAAAAAUACAAAACAAAGACGAAAAACAUUUACCUUGAAUACUUUGUCGUGGCUUAGGCAUGCUUUUAAAACAAUUAGACCUGUUUAUGCUUCAAUAUUACUCUUUUAAAGCGAAAAAUAUAGCGAAAGAACAAAAAUGCCGAGAACUUUGGUAUAUUUGCAAUACGCAUGACGUCACAGAUUGCAACUAGGUUUAGACUGUCACGUCAGGAAGUUUCCUAUCCAGUUAUUUUACAAUCCAUGGUAUCAGUUAUAUACACAUACCAAAAAAAUCAUAUUUGGGGCACGUUAAGAACAAAAAGCUUUCGUUGAUAGGGUGCAACUAUAUACCUGAAACAUAUAAGGAGAGUUUCGACGUUUCGAGCGAAGGCCUUUCGUCUUGAGUUACUAGAGUAAUGUCGAGGUUCUCCUUAUAUUUUUCUGGUAGUUGCAUCUCUAUCAACGAAAGCUUGUGAAUAUCAUUGGCACUACCUACACUGGCAAAGACAAUUUAAUAACAAGUAGAGCUAUGAUGUUGAAAGUUUACGUUUCGUACUGUACUGUACUGCAGUAACACUAGACCAGUAUAAGUACUACAGGGUGUAUAAAAAAAAACUGAACAGAUUUAAAAUUGCUCUCAAUUUCGCAAAACAGCUAUUUGUAUCUGGAUUUUUAUAUAUAUAGCUUCUUUGGGUACUUAAAAUGUAAAAUAAUGAAAAAAAUUUCUGGAACUCAAAUUUUGUGAACCAGGGGGGUGUGUCUUUUCCAACAAACUAAAAAUGGCUCGCGCACAAAAUUUAAAAGCUGCAAUCAUAUUUUGAGUUAACAGAUGGAAAAUUUGUCGGGAUUUUAAUUACUGUACAAAAUUUCAGACAAUUUGGUUUAGUUUAAGUCCCUUAACUAUUUACGCAAAGUUGCAAUUUUCCCGAAAAAUCAGCUAUUUGCAUGGUUAAUUAAUGCAUUUGCCUAAUUUGCAUAUGUCAGCAAUAUGCAAAUUAGGUAAAGGCAUUAAUUAAGCAUGCGAAAGGCUGACUUUUUAGAACAAAAUGAAUAGUUAAAGGGCUUAACCUAAACCAAAUUGUCUGAAAUUUUGUACAGUAAUUAAAAACCCGACAAAUUUUCAAUCUAUCAACUCAAAAUAUUAUUACACCUUUUAAAUUUUGUGCGCGAGCCAUUUUUAGUUUGUUGGAAAAGACACACCCCCCUGGUUCACAAAAUUUGAGUUCGAGAAAUUUUUUCCAUUAUUUUACAUUAUAAGUACCCAAAGAAGCUAUAUAUAUAAAAAACAGAUACAAAUAGGUGUUUUGUAAAAUUGAGAGCAAUUUCAAAUCUGUUCAGUUUUUUUUGAUACACCCUGUAGAUAAAACAUGAGCAGCCGAUCUGUAUCUGAUAUACAAACUCGAGCCGAAGGCGAGCGGGGGGAGGGGCAUAUUCAUAUAUUCGUGUUCUGCACUAUUAAUUGUGUCAUGGGGGGGGGGGGCAUAUUCAUAUAUUCGUGUUCUGCACUAUUAAUUUCUUUUGAAAUCAAUCGUUUUUACGGUUUGUGAACACGAAUAUAUGAAUAUGGUCCCCCCCACUUAUCGAUUUUUUGACGCCUAUGUGUAUAUCAGAUACAGAUCGGCUGCGAAUGUUUUAUCGUACCCAAAAAAUGACCCAUCUCAUGAGUUCAUUGGCGAAGUAAUUUUAAAAAUAAACAUUGUCUAAGCCGAGAAAAUCAAAGCUGAAGUUUAUGUAAAUCAGGACAAAUCUUUAUCCGAUUUACAAACAUUGAUUAAACAUUCAUUUCUUUUGUAUUUUCCUCGUGAAUUAUUAAUGAAUUUUUUAAGCACAGUUAAUAACCUUAUUUUAUUAACUGUGAUACUGUAUAAGGAAUGACUCUUACUGAAAAUAACUAUUUCGAUCACAUUGAAAGGAGGCCCCUUCCAGCCGUUUGUGUUAAAAGAUUGGAGCACGCUGUCUAAUAAAAUGUUAUGUUUUCAAUUAUUUCUUUCUAUGUUUCAGAAUUCCACCGAAUAUAAAACCCUGUUCGACCUCGUUAUGCAGUGGACCAAACUGUCAUCCGCAGACGACGAGCGGUUACAGGAAGCAACGCUGACCAAGGAAUUCUGGCAAGAAUGUCCGCCCAAAUUAGCGGUACGUCUUGAAAUACAGUAUAUGACAAGGCUGGAUUUUGGUGGAAAUAGUGGGGGAGGUGGAAAACAUUUAGGGGAGGUGCAGCGGUCUAGCUCACGACCCCCAUGGAAAGUUAGGGUUUAGAACGGGCCAAAGUCAACGACGUGACGUAUGCAUGUAGUGUACAUAUAUGUAUCACUGUAUUAAUGAAUUAUGACUGUACAACUCCAAUUUUGCCUUCAUUACAAUUACUACCAAGUUUCUUUCAAAACAUUGCAUUAAAAGGGUACUUGACACGGAGAUGAAUGGUUAUCACUGUUUCAAUUUUACAGAAAAACUUUCUUACGAAGUGUAGACCCUAAGCAACCAAAAAAUGUCAAAUUUUCACUCUGAUCUAUCAUUGAAACUUUCCCAAAGGGAGGUGCAUGACUCUUCAAGGGAGGUGCAAAAAUUGUCUGAUUAAUUAUAAUACUCCAUUCCACCUUGACUCUACACUGGAAAAAAAAUAGUGAAAUCCAUACUAUGAAAUUUGCAAUUGCACCACUAAAUCCAUACUAUUUUCAUACUAUUUCCAUACUAUAUUCAUAGUAUGGAAAUUGCAAAUUACUAUGAAAAAUGGAUUUCCAUACUAUUUCCAACGAAGAUCCAUACUAUUUCCAUAGUAAUAAUUUUGAAAACAAUUCCCACUGCUACAGUACCGUUUACCAAACAUCUCUGGUGGGAACAGUUCAGAAAUAAUAGAACUAUCCAAUAAAUAAAUCAAAUUAGUUUUAUUUAGCCUUAGUUUGAUCUACGAACGGUCAAAACUAUGGUUGGGUAGAACUCUUCUCAGUUGGGUUCGCAGACUAAACCCUUCCGUCAAGUCGAAUUUUCAUCACAAAAUUUUGUACUUUUGAUAGGCAUUUAACCGGUCAAAUGGCAAUGCGUCUAAUGCACCCUACAUUAUGUUACUUUGUCUAACGCCAGACAAUUUUACUCGUCAAGAAGAGAGUGCUGAAACUUAAUGGAUUAAUUAAACUAUCUGCCCAUGCAUAAUCUUGAACUGUCUGUGACAGUGUAGGUAGUGCCAAAUUUAUUAACAAGCUUUCGAUGGUAGGGAUACAACUACCUGAAAAGUAUAAGGAGAAUGGACCUAUUCCCUAAUGAACAAAAUUUUGAUCUAGACAAGUCUGGACAAACAUUUCACCACAGCUUGAAAGAGCAUCACAAAAUCAGUAAUAUUCCGAAGUUUCGUUGCGAAAUGUUGUAAAAUGCGAAUAAUAUAGCUCUGCGAAGUUUGCCAUUUUUCAAUCAUUUUGUAUUACGCAUGGGAAAUUGAUACCGCUUUCUGAAGAAAGGUACCAAUUUCCCGCGCGUAAUACAAAAUGACUGAAAAACGGCAAACUUCGCACGGCUAUAUUAUCCGCAUUUUACAACAUUUCGCAAUGAAACUUCGGAAUAUUACUAAUUUUGUGAUACUCUUUCAAGCUGUGAUAAAAUUUUUGUCUAGACUUGUCUAGAUAAAAAUUUUGGUCAUUAGAGAAUAGGUCCAUUUGAAUCGUGUUAACCCUUUAACUCUUUAAGUGACAAUGCACCCUUUAUUAUUCUACUCUGUCUAAUGCCAGACGAUUUUAAUUAUCAAGAGAAGAGUUCUGGCACUCAAUGAGUUAAAGCACGUUCUUACAUUUGUAAAUUUCCAGGAGACAUAUAGAAGACCACAUCGUCGAUUGUUAAAAAGUAGCAAGGUGUGUGAUUUAUUUCUUCCAAAACCUGGAAGGUUUUCCUCACAUUGGUUUGUUCUGCUCACUGACACAUUCUUUCAUAUCGUGGUAAGUCCUUUUUUAUUCUCUUUAUAUUUCGAUUUUUUGAACGGAAAUAGCAUGAUAAGUAUAGGUAAUAGGAUGAUUUCGAGUGCAAUUUGGAAAAAACAUUCACGAGUGAGUUUUUCAAAGACUAUCAAAAUUGCACGAGUGCAAUUUGACGAGUGCAAUUUGAAGUCUUUGAAAAACUGACGAGUGUAUGUUUUUUUCAAAUUACACGAGAAACCAUAAAAAUUAAUUGAAAAAUCAAUUUCAGAAUGUUCCAACAAGGAAUCAAGCCUUAUUAAAGUCUGUGGUUUAACUUCCCAGUGCUCUAACCACAUUAGCAAUGUAUAGGAGUAGUAACUUAUGUCUAAAUUAAGUUUGAGUCACUUAUACUGACUAUAUUAAUAUUGUUUUUUAGUCGAACAAGACUUUUUUGUCUUACGACUUAUCUACGGUCUGGGCUUCGCCUGUGCCUGAUGUUCACGCUGAGAAUUUUACGUACGUAUAAAAAUAAUCCUGAUUUGGUUUAUUUCCUUUGUUUUUUUUAUUUAUCUUAACUUGUUAGCAGUUAAACUUGGGGCACUUUCCAUUUAAUGGCCUGAUGGAAAGAUCCGGCGGUCCAUGUUUCUCAAACAUCUAGCGAAACUGGACCUCAUUCUAACUUAUCUAAAUUUUCCGGUCAGAUAGGUCCAAUGCCCAAACGUUUUGUGUUCCAUUCAACAAUUUGACCGUUCUGACCGUGUUAAUGGAAAGCGCCCUUGGGUAACAUAACCAUUACAUUCUGACACCAGAUCAAUAAUGGAUGGUGUUUACUGCCGGACCGCUAUGGAGAACAGUUUAGAACUGAUAAUGCUAAAAUUAAUUAUUUCAUCCAAUUUUCUAUAUGUAGUAUUUAAAACACGAGAAGGAGUGUUUUAUCAUAUUUAAAAGUUUUAGAUAUGAUAAAACGCGAGUUCGAGUGUUUUGAAUAGCUUAAAAUACGAUUACAAAAGAAUGCUAAUUAGGAUGAACAAUUAUAUAUAAUCAUACUAAUUAGGAUGAACAAUUAUAUAAAGAAUACGAAUGAAGAUGAGUUUUGUCAGAUAUAAAAUCACUCACAAGGUUUAUGAAUUUUUAAUGAGUAUUUUAAAUAGUACAUAGUAAAUUAAGCAUCCAUCAUUAGGAUUUAUAUGGCUUGAAGCCGUUUACAGGCGAGCAGGUUUUCUAUGACAAGUUUUCAUACGACAAGAGUACAGUAUAUACAGCAGGCAACUUUGCCGAGUUUUUCUGUGAAAACUACGCUUGUUCAAAAGUUAGCAUGGCAGCUUUGAACAAGUGUCAUGCAUGCAUGCAUGUCAUAUAGAAAAAAAUCGGCAAAGCACAAAUGUAAUCCUUUACUUUGUUCAUUCAGGAACACGAUUAAAAUCACAACACCGGAAGAAUCCAUCACUCUCUGCUCUAAAACUGCCACCGAAAAGGUAGACAAACGCUCUGAUCUACUGUGUUAUGACCGUUCGUUUCUGGACGUUUGUUGUGUUCUACAUGUAUCUCUUAUGUGUUUCUAUAGGCUCACAUCUCUUAUGUGUUUCUAUAGGCUCAGUGGUUGGUGGUUAUCAAUCAAACCAUUGCUAAAGUCUUGUCCAAGACUACUCCAUACAGGUGA